UACAAGUGCUGCUAAACAUGAUUUCCGUCUUUGGUUUGUGCUGCAAACAGGAUACUGGAGCUUGACGGCUAGUCUCAGAACCACAUGACUUGUUUUUUUGGUUACGAAUGGUUAACCACAUAUUAGUCUAAUUUUACUGCCAAACUUGCAGGGACCCUCUGGAUAUCAGCUAAUUUCGUUCAUCAUUUCAACAACUAUGUUGUGGAUUUUUCUACUGCAGCUCAUCAACAGUGUGAGAGGUUUAUCUGGAGCGGACCAUGAGACUCUGUGCAUGUCUAACACCUGCUUCACCAUACAUAUGGACAAGGUGAGCUUUGCGAUGGCCCAAGAGAACUGUGUGCACAACGGAGGUAAUCUGAUGACGAUCAGAGACACAGAAGAAGAAAAUGUGCUGCGUUCGCUUCUCUCACAGAUCAAAGGACAACGUCAGGACAAGGGGCUGGAAUUUUGGAUUGGAUUAAAACUGAACAGAGGGAAGUGUGUGUUGGCUGACAAGACUCUCAGGGGCUUCAUGUGGGCAUCUGGGGAGGAAGAUUCCCAGUACUCCAACUGGGGAGAAGAACCUGUCUCCACCUGCACAGAGAGAUGUGUGAGGGUUAGUUACAUGCUGGGUCAGAAUCAACUGAAGUGGACAGCUGGAGCUUGCAAAAGCCUGACUUUCUAUGCAUGUAAGUUUUACUUUAAGGGAAUGUGCAAACCUUUGACUCUGAUGGGGUCUGGGGAACUAAACUACACAGUGCCCUUCUCAAAAAGACCAGAAAGAAGUGACCUGAAAACAUUUCCACUGGGAACUUAUGCUUUUAUUAUCUGCAGUGACGAACAGCUUCACUAUUCUGUGUGUAAGGGGUCUCGAUGGACGGACCCCGGCCCAUUUUGCAAAACAGGAGAGCAGAAUUGCUCAAUCAAUAAUGGCGGAUGCAAAGAUUCAUGCCAUCAGGAUGGAGGGGAAGUUAAAUGUUUUUGCAAAGAAGGUUACGACCUAGAUGAGGAUGGACUCUCUUGCAGGAUAAAAGACCUGUGCAGGGUUGAUACAUGUGAGCAUCAGUGUGUGAUGGAGGAGUCUGGAUAUUCCUGCAAAUGUCCACAUGGGUUCAAACUGGAUGAAAACCAGCGCAACUGCUUUGACAUUGAUGAGUGUCAGUCACAAGCCUGUGGGGAUCAUUUGUGUGUAAAUACACUGGGAAGCUUCACAUGUGAGUGUAAAGACGGUUAUAAAAUGGUUGAUGGUGAAUGCAUUGAUGUGGAUGAGUGCGUACAGUCAAGAUGUGAGCACAGCUGCUUGAACAAUAUUGGAUCCUUUUCCUGUUACUGCAAUCAAGGUUUUACUUUAUCCCAGGAUGGCCACUUUUGUGUAGACAUAAAUGAAUGUAUCAGUAGUCCCUGCCACUACAUGUGCAUCAACACUGCAGGCAGCUUCUCCUGCUCGUGCCCAGGGGGCUUCCAUCUGGAGACUGAUGGAUGGACUUGCGCUCCAGAUGGGUCCGAAACAUCAGCUGCUCCAUCAGAUGACCCAGCUGAUGAGGGAACACAUGAGAACUUCACCCGGUCCUUGACGAGAACCCCAGUGGAGCUCCAGCACCAGUCCCCUCCUACCGACUCACCACUUCCAGACCUGGGGAACGUUACACACAGCGGUCAGCAGAGCAACGUGUCCCUGCCGCCAAGCUGGGUCCAGACCGUCAACUCAAGGCUCAUAGUCUGUGUCCUCGGCUCAGUCAUCCCUCUGUUCCUGCUCGUCACAGUGACAUUAGCUGCUGCAAUUUUUCGAUGCAGUCGUUCCAAAAAAGAAGCCAAGAACAAAACAACAACAGACGGUUACUGUUGGGUGUCAUCGGGCCUAGAUCCACGUCUAGAGAAACUAUACGAGUCCAUCUCCACUGAUGACCUAUAUGAUCUUCUGUGCGACAUCAUGGACUUCCUCAAACUGCCAAUGAUUAUACUUAUUUUAAUGUCAGUUAUUUUAUUAUUGUUUUUAAAGGCAGGGUGUGGCAUGAAGCAGGCAGGCAUCUGUAGGCCUGUUUGUACUGGUGGGGACUGUAUUACUGUUAACCAGGACAGAGUGGACUUCAGAACAGCUGAGACGGCAUGUCGAGAUAGGAGAGGAGAACUACUGACAUUUGAUCCUGAGACAGAUGGGCGCAUCCUCCACACUGUGAGUCAGGAGUUGUCUGGAAACUUCUGGAUCGGACUGCGUUUACCAGCUAGCGCAUGUAGCAACCUCUCAUCUCCACUCAGAGGCUAUGAGUGGAUCUCUGGUAGCACACAGAAGAGCUUCAUCCCAUCCUCCGACACCUGGAAACACAGCACUAAAGUCUGCUCUCCGCACUGUGUGUCACUUUCAAACGAUCAAAAGUGGACAGAGAGACUGUGCUCAGAGGAAACUGAUGGAUAUCUGUGCAGAACACAGCACAAAGACGCGUGCCGGGCACAGGAAUUAUCAGAUCCAACUAUUUUCCGAAGUACUGAAGGCUGCUCAACAGGCCCUUGUGAGCAGGAUUGCAAGAAUGUAAAAGGAGGUUAUAUAUGUUCUUGCUUCACAGGAUACAUCCGAGACAGCAAAGAACCCAAGCAGUGCAAAGUGCACUGUGGCGAGAGCAAAUGCCCAUGUGUAGGACAUAGUGUGGACCAGUGCUUCUGUCCUGAUGGCUACAUCAGGAACUUGAGUUUCUGUGAGGACAUAAAUGAAUGUGAGGAACGGCCUUGUGAUCAGGAGUGUAGAAACACAUUUGGAAAUUUUGAGUGCUUCUGCACAGAAGGAUUUGUAAUGGAAAAAGAAAACAGAUGCGUCAAAGCAAAAGACAGAAAGAGUUUUUUCACCACGACUCCUGUAAGUGUGCGUGCUACCAAACCCGCUGUUGAUAAUAGCCUGAAGACGUCUUCUGCACCUGCUGGAGGGUUUCUCUGGGUAUGGGUUUUUGCUGCUGCGGCUGUGGUGGUGUUAAUCUGUGUGGUGAGGUUUUAUGUUGUGAGGCGUCAGAAGCGCAGAGAACAAAACUCCACUCAACAGUCUCCUGCUCCUGUGGAUCAUAAUGAGUGUUAACGGUGAGUCCACCAGAUUUAAUAUUUAUGAUUUUUGUGAACUGUUAAGCCUCAAUUUUCUCAAUAGUGCACCAUAAGAAAUUGACGUGAGGAAAUAUGUUAACAUGGAGACAUUUUAAAUGAGAGCAGGCUAUUAUGAAUUCACUCGCAGUUUCACAUAUGCAUCAUUAAAGUCAACAAUAACGGGAAAGAAUAUUUUGAAAAUCAAUUAUUAUAUAAUUAUUAUAUAUUAUCUAUAUUAUAUUCAGAUUAAGUGAAUUAAUACAAAUAUAAGCAAUUUAAUUCAAAACUGUCAGAUAAUUUGCAGUAUAGUUAAGAUAAAAUUCACUGUGUUAUGAAAUGGUGAUCAAAUCUGAUAAACUGCAAAUCAUCAAGAGUUCGUUCAUUAAAAUGACCCUGAAAUAAAUGUACCAUGUUUCUUUUGGCAUUUAAAUAGAGUAAUCAUUUGUAUAUGUGCAUAUCCAUUCAAUUUAAUGUAAGAUGUGAGUAUUGACAUGAAUGUGCUUUAACCCUAAUCCUAAAUGGAACACAGAGGAGGUGACUGUACACUUGGUCAUUCAUUAGACAUGUUAAAGAAUGAAUUAACGAAUCAAUGCUC